GGUUCUUUGCCAGUUUAUUCCAAUAAGAUAACUGUCAGUGUGGUAGACAAUGUACUGCUUGUUCACCAAGUGGAUGCGAAGGUGGUUAUUAUAUAUGAUAUAUUUGCAGAUUCUCGAGCGCCUAUAUCUGCUCCACUUCCAUUAUUAGUUAGAGGUUUCUCUAGAGCAAAUGCUGCAGCCUCUCAAUUGAUGUGCCAAAAUGAUGAAGGUCCGGCGGGAAAGGACUCAAAUCAUGGUGAAACAGUCAUCUAUGCAGACGAGUGGGUAUUUCUCGUUCCAGACCUUAUAUGUGAUAUUGCCAAUGGAGUUUUGUGGAAGAUCAAUUUAGAUCUGGAGGCCAUUUCCGCUAGCAGCUCAGAAGUGCAAACAAUCCUUGAAUUUUUGCAGAGGAGGAAAUUGGAAGCAAAUAAGGCUAAACAGUUGUGUUUGGCAAUUGCUCGGACAAUUAUUCUCGAACGAAGACCUGUGCCCAUGGUCGCGAGGGCAAUAGACGUCUUAGUGAAUUUUUUCUCUCUUUCAAUAAAAACUGGAAUAUAUCAGGCAGGGUCAAAAGUGGAGAGAAGUUCAACAGCCAGUGGUUCUAAUGUUAAUAGUGCUGUUGGCGAAUCCAUCAAUCAAACAGAUGCAUCUGAAAAGUCACUAAAACAAGAAAGCGCUAGUGGCAUGCACGACAAGUCUAUUGUCAAUUCCUCUUCCUUUACUUCGGACUCUGAGGACAAUGUUAGCUUUGCACCAAAUAGAGGCAAAUCUAAAAAUAUCAAUUUGUCUAGUAGUAAACAAGAUGGAGGUUACUUAGUGGGCACAGAUAUAUCUGGUGUUGAAGCUCAGCCUUCUGUUAUACGACCUCAAGCUCCUGGAACAGGUAGCACUCCCCUAAGAACUGAUGAGCAGCAGGAGUCUCUGGUAACUUCUGCUGCAAUAUCCCCUGAUGAUCUGUGCAGCUUUGUGUUUGCUCCUGUAGAAGAAGAAAUAGCCGGGGAUUCGUCUUACUUGGUUGCUGUCAUUGUUGAGUUCCUACGCAGUGCUAACCUGGAAAGGUUGAAAGUGCCUCCGAAUAUUUAUAUAUUGAUGAUACAACUGCUAGCACGGAACGAAAAUUAUGCGGAACUUGGAUUGUUGAUCAUGAAUAAGAUAAUUGAGCCCUCAAAAGAAGUUGCAAUGCAAUUAUUGGCGUCAGGCAGGCAGAAUUUUCAAACAAAGAAGUUGGGCCUGGAUAUGCUCAGAGAGCUCACAUUACACCAUGACUAUGUGUUGCUACUUGUUCAAGAUGGAUACUAUCUUGAAGCUUUACGUUAUGCCCGGAAAACUAAGGUGAAUACUGUUCAGCCUUCAUUGUUUCUUGAAGCAGCUUAUGCUUCUAAUGACUCGCAACACCUGGCUGCAGUUCUUAGAUUUUUCUCAGACUUCAUUCCUGGGUUCAAUAGCACUACUGACCACCAAACAUAUAGCCGUUGUCUUGCUGAGAUGAAUUCAGUGAUUACUGCUUGAGGCCACCUUGACAUAAAUCAAGAAGUUGAACCCUUUGUUUCCCCUCGAAGACCAACCUUUUGUUCAGUGUCAUAGUUUUGAAUGAUACAGGUAAAUUUGUGCUAAACAGACAUAAAUAAGCUAUAGGGGUUUUGGAGGAAACUUGGAACAUGUAUUUUUUUUUUGUUUUAGUUGAAUCCACUAGGCAUUGUGCCUAGGGUUGAUUUUCAUAAAUAAUAAGCGAAGUACAACAUAGGAGGGGGACAUAAACCUGACCUCCAAAAAUAUAAUACAUAGGCACCUGGUCAUGUAAACAUAAUGACCAGAGAGAACCUGGAAUUGGACCUAUGAUGAUGAUCCAGUUGACUAUCAAACAUUGAUAAUCAAUUAGAUGUGCAAAAUCCGAGUGAAGUAAAUCUAGGUCAACCAUACAAAAAAACACAUGUAAACCUAAUUCUACCAAGAUUUUGAGUUGGAGGAUUAUCUUCCAAAUACAAACAAGUCUACAUCUAAUGAAAGUGUAGAAGUUCCCUAGAGAGAAUGACAAAUUACAUGUGAUACCGGAGGGAGUUAUCUUCAACCUUGCUUUGACAAUGAGAUCCAUGAAAGCUAGGUUGAAGAUUUGUAUCAAAAAGGGGGCAUGAUGAAUUGAGCAUAAAGUUUGCUGCUUCUUGCUGAUGAUAGGGGGGAGUGAGCUUUGGCUUGCGUUAUUUGUCCUAACUAGCCAAUGGUCUUCUGGUGGCUUCUGGUGAUUGGCUAAGUCAAAGCCAUGGUAGAUUAUUUGUUGCUGGAUUGUGCUAAGUGUGCAGUUGGAACAUGUAUUGGAGAAAAAACUUUGAGGUGUUGAUUAAUAGGACAUGAAUGUAGUAAUUUACUCCUUUUUUUUCUUUUGAAUUUCUAAGUUUUAGAUUCUUUACCCUUUUGUCGGGUGUUUUGGGUAGAGGAUAGGGCAGGGUACACAUGAACUGGUGUGAUGAAGAAAAUGACACUCAUGUUUUAUACACUAAUUCCAUAUUAGAUGUGAAAUUGACCUAAUUGCUCGUGAACUCCCAGCAAUAGUAAAGUGACCUUUUAACAA